GAAUAAGAUACUGUCAACUGUGACAGCUCACAUGGAAGCUAGCCGCUCAGCUCGUUUUAUUUGUUUGUUUACAAUUUUGAAAUAAAAACCAUACAUCCUCGUGGUUGUUCUUUAUUUCAUAUAAAAACAUACUGGCAAGAUAAAUAUACAAUAUGGGUAAAAAAAGGAAACAUGCAGAAAAUACAGAUGACUUUGAAUUCGAUCCUAUACCACGACAUUUAGUAACAUCGCACAUUCAAAAACAAGAAAAACGUUUAAUCGUUGUAUUAGAGAAUGCUCAGUUAGAAACAGUAAAGAAUGGCAAUAGUUUUGAAUUGUUAAAUUGCGAUGAUCAUGCUAACAUUCUAAGAAAAAAUGACAGAGAUCCAGGUUCAUGUCGUCCAGAUAUCACUCAUCAAUCUCUUCUUAUGUUAAUGGACUCACCACUAAACAGAGCGGGACUUCUGCAAGUUUAUAUUCAUACAGAGAAAAAUGUUUUAAUAGAAAUAAAUCCACAAACACGGAUUCCCAGAACAUUUAAAAGAUUUGCUGGAUUAAUGGUCCAGCUACUGCACAAAUUUUCAAUUCGAGCAUCUGAUGGCCCAAUGAAACUCCUUAAAGUUAUUAAAAACCCAAUAACAUCACAUUUGCCUGUUGGAGUGAAAAAAAUCACUAUGUCAUUCAGUUCCAAAGUUGUAAAGAGUAGUCGGGAAUUAGUUCCUAAAGAAGAUCCAAUUGUAAUGAUCAUAGGAGCAAUGGCACAUGGUAAAAUAGAGGUGGACUAUUCAGAAGAUGCAAUAUCUAUAAGUAACUAUCCUCUAUCAGCUGCAUUGACUUGUGCAAAGAUUUGUUCAGCAUUUGAAGAAGUGUGGGGAGUUGAAUAAAAUUUUGUAUAGUAAUAAAUAUGUUAUUAUUAUAAACUACACCAUAAACUGUGUUUACCGUAAUACUUUACUUUGAUUGGAAUUUUCACAGCCCUUAUAGGAUGGUUAGCUGUCUUAACUCUUCAUACCAUAUAAGUGAAUCAAGGACAAUGACUAAAAAUGGUUUUGACAUUCAAUUAUCAAAAUUCUGUAAAACCACAAUGUAAUGCUAAGUUAGGAAUGUGAGUGCUCAAAAAAAGUGUGAUUUUAUUACUGCUUAAUAUUUCUUAGAAAAUUACUAAAUACAAUAACCUGUAUAAAUAUAUAGCAUAUCUAUAUUAAAAGUAUAUUUUAUUACGAUUGCGGAAAACCCGUCAUUGCAAACAGUGCCGACAAAUGUCUACCUGAGCCGAGGCGCAGUCGAAGGUGAGGGUUGACUGUUGGAGAAGUUGCAAUGACGGUUCCGCAAGAGUACUGAACAACUAUUUUUAAUACAGUUGUAAAAUGUUCUCCGAAGUAUUUUGUGAAAUUAUACAGAGUUCGGGUGGUGUUAAUUCAAAUAAAAUAACGUCGAAAUUACUCAUUUUGUGCAACCAACAAAUACACUCGGAAAAACAUUUUUGGAAAAUGGCGCCAACCGUAAAAGAAUAUAAGCAGAUAUUUUUAUUUAUUUUCUUCACCCAUUCUGGGUAGGCAAAGGGAACUAUGCCCCCAUAGUCAAGUCUUCAGAAGAAUA